AUGGACUCAACUUACUUGUGGGUGUCUAAGAAUGCCUACAGUCAAUUUGUCCAGCCAGAUGGUAGAAAUCUCUAUUGGACUGACGACAUUAACUUUGAGCUUCCUAUUAUCAUGGAAACUUCAGGUCAAGGCUCCACUCCUCCGCUGACAUAUAUCAAUAUUUUCCAAGACGCUCUACAAACCCACGCCCAGCAGGCAGCAUUGCGUGUAAAACGUGGAGGCAAAUGGAUCACAUGGACUUUUCAGCAAUAUUAUGACGAUUCCUUAAGGUUCGCCCGAGCUUUGAUUAAUCUUGGCAUAAGAUCUCGGGCAACUGUCAAUAUCAUUGGCUUUAACGCCCCUGAGUGGCUAAUCAGCUUUUCCGGAGCUUUAUUUGCAAGCUUGGUUCCUAUUGGUGUUUAUACCACAAAUGGCCCAGAAGCUUGCUUUUAUGUGGCGGAUCAUAGCCAAGCCGAAGUAAUUAUAGUGCAAAAUGAAGCCCAGCUUCAAAAAUACCUGACUAUAUGAGACAGACUUCCUAAAUCACCUCUCCGUGAGCGAUAAAAAAAACUUGUUCGCUCACGGAGGGGGUUAAUAAUUUUUAAAAUAUUAUAUAGUAAUUUUUUCAAAAAAUUAAAAAAUACAACUUUGCAAAAUUUGGAAAGCAAAUAUUAAUUUAAUUUGUAAAAUUUGUAUUUUAAACGCAAUUUGUUUAAAAUUAAACAGACUAUUUCCUUAUACUAAUUAUCACUUAUAUAUCGAAAUUUUUUUUCAUAAAAAUUUUUCUAUUAAAAAAAUUUUCAGAGGGUGGGUUUUUGGCAAAAAAUAGGGAUUUUUCUAAUGGUUUUGUUCACUCACGGAAGGGAGAGUAAGCUAAAAGCUGUAGUUGUUUAUUCGCCUGGAGCAGGGCUAGAAGCUAUUAGAGCAGGCCGUCAAGUUUAUACCUGGGAAGAAUUCAUGGCAACUGGCAGCGAUACUGAAGGAAAAGAAUUAGCCAAAAGGAUGAAGGAUAUAAGUCCAGCUCAAUGUGCAACUGUAGUCUAUACUUCUGGAACAACUGGACCACCUAAAGGUGUAAUGCUAAGCCAUGAUAACUAUAUUUGGUGCGCCAAAACUACAAUAGAUGACGCUAAAUUAAUGGAGGAAGGGGAAAAUGUGGUAGUUUCUUAUUUGCCACUGAGCCAUUCUGCUGCACAAAUUAUUGAUAUUUUUGGGUCACUUUAUAAGAAAGCCGCUUUAUGGUUUGCUGAUGAAAAUUGUUUGCAAGGGACUUUAGGGGUUACGCUGAAAGAAGCAAGGCCAACAUUUUUUAUGUCAGUUCCUAGGGUUUAUGAGAAAAUUGAAGAAAAAAUCAAGGCGAUUGCGGCAAGUAAAGGGGAUUUAGCAAAGAAAAUUGGGAUAUGGGCAAAGCAGGUAGGGCUUAAAGCGACUUUGGAUCAGCUGCAGCAGAAGCCGACUUCUUGGAAAUAUAGCCUAGCUAAUACAAUAGUGUUUUCAAAGGUAAAACAAGCAUUAGGCCUAGACAGAUGCAAAGCUUUUAUUGUGAGCGCUGCACCAAUAUCUAAAGCAACGCUUGAAUUUUUCCUCAGUUUGAAUAUACCACUAAUGAAUGUUUACGGAAUGUCAGAAUGCGCAGCCCCUGAAACAAUGAACUAUCUUCAUAGUAACAAUGUAUGGAGCGCUGGACAGCCUAUUAAUGGAACCAGACUUAAAAUCCUCAGUCAAAGUGGAGAAGAAGUCCCAAGAGGAACUCGUGGCGAAGUCUGCAUGAGAGGACGUAACAGAUUUAUGGGGUAUUAUAAAAGCGAAAUAGAGACUAAAGCGACAAUAGACAAAAAUGGGUUCUUACAUAGCGGAGAUGAAGGAUAUAUCAAUGAAAAAGGAUUUUUAUUUAUUACAGGGAGGUUUAAAGAGCUGAUUAUUACAGCUGGUGGGGAAAAUAUUCCUCCAGUUCUGAUAGAAGACGCUAUUAAAGAAGAGUGCAGGCUUAUUUCUAACUGUAUGCUGGUUGGAGACUAUAAAAAUUAUUUAGCGUUACUAGUAGCUAUUAAAACGGAGCCUGGUCCAGAUAUGACGUUGACAAGAAAUUUAUCAUCAGAAGCCCUAGCUCCCACAUCCGUUGACGAACAAAGCCAUUAGAAAAAAUCAUAUUUUUGGCCCUCCGUGGCGAACAAAAGUUUUUUAUGAAAAAAUAUUUUGAUAUAUAAGUGAUAAUUAUUAUAAUGAAAUCUAGAGCUAAUUCUAUUUAAUUUUAAACAGUUUAGAUUUUAAAAUAUAAAUUUUACACUUAAAAUAAUAUUUGCUUAAAAAUAUUUAGAAUUGGGAUUUUUUAAAUUUCGAUUUAUAAUAAAUUUUUUAAAAGAAAAAUCACACUCCACGAGCGAGCAAAAUAUUUUUGUUAUUUCACGGAGGGGUAGAGUAAGAAUUUUGGCAGAAAUUGGGAGCACAGCUAAAACUUAUAUUAUAUAAUAGGCAUUAGGAGCUUUGGUAAAUAAGUUCGUGUAUGCAUUAAAUUGGAGUCGCAAACAAACUCACCCUCUUAGCACCUUUAGCUGGAGCCUUAUGCAAGGGAGGAUGAUAUUCGGCGAUAUAUCCAGUUUGCUUUUAUUGGCUUGGUUGAGAGCAAUGCCAGAUAAGACCAGCUGCAGCUUGGUGUUGAAAGGGAAUGCUCUGUAGUGCCCGUUGGAUAGCCGGGCAAUUUCCGAGCGUGAUACAUGAGUUGCUUUCUGAUCAAAGAGUUCCAUUUUGAUCGACACCUCGUAGAGAAAAUUCAUUUUUCGAUCUUCUGGUAGGGCAAACUAAGUCAGAUGCACUAUACAGUGAUUCAUUCUGCUGCACUCCACCUAGUGUGCGAGCCUAUUCUGGAGGAACAUCGCCGAUAGGUAGAUGCAGGCAGUCGCAAAACAAGGAGCUUCUUAAUAAUCUUAACUAUCUCCCCCCCCGUGAGUGAACAAAAACCAUUAGAAAAAUCUCUAUUUUUGCCCAAAAACCCACCCUCCGUGAGUGAACAAAAAUUGUUUAUGGAAAAAAAAUUUGAUAUAUAAAUUAUAAUUAGUAUAAUGAAAUCUAGAGCUAAUUCUGUUUAAUUUUAAACGAAUUGCUUUUUAAAACAUAAAUUUUAUUAAUAAAAUUAAUAUUUGCUUUCCGGUUUUUUGCGAUUUAGGAUUAUUUUUUUAAAAUUUCGAAAAAAAAUUUUAUAAAAUUUACAUAUAAAUUUUUUUAAAAAAACAAAUUAGCCCCCUUCGUGAGUGAACAAAGUUUUUUUUGUUCACUCACGGAGGGGGGAGCAAGAACUAACGUAAAUAAGUUUGUGUCCAAUAUUUUAUAAGAAAAUGAUUUUUUAGUUGUAUAAUAAUAAAUUAUAGCUUACUUAAAAAUAAUACGAUGAAGCUAUGAAUGACCAAAAAGUCAAAAAAUAUAUCCAAGAAGGAAUUGACAUUAAAUUAACAUUAAUUAAUUAUAAAAUAAGAUUUCUGCAGGCAUAAAAGCUAUGCACGCCUCCAUAAUGCAAUAUCGCUUGCUUACUGUCUUGUUGCAUACUCUGUUAACUUUUCACGAAUGAGGGCUUGCACUUGCUACCCUUAACUCAGAAUUGCUGAGUUACAUGUUGCGCGUCAACAAGGUUCAGCUUCCAGAAAAUUCGAAAAAUCGAUUUUUCUGGGCAUCUGUCACCUAAAAUGGAAGCUCAAAGCUCAGGAUGUAGCACCCGGUAUCAUGCUGGGAAAAUUCCUGAGUGAUUAGGAGAAACCUCACUGAUGCUGCUGGGUCUCUCUUUCCAUCUUCAAGUUACUUCUUGCCCCAUGGGGUAAAGCCUUUAGCCUGGAGCGAGCAUGCGUUCGGCUAGUCCCGACAUUGUUCUCCACCAACCCAAGCAAACCCGGCCGUAUGCAUAUUACUCAAUGCCAUCCUCACUUCCACAAAGUCUUUGGUUUACCCCAGCUGCAGGUGUUAAUAGGGUUAUUUUUUGUCAUAUCAUUUUAAUGUAUAUUAGAAAGAAUUGAUAGAGCAAAUAAAAAGGCUAUUUCAAAAGCACAACACGUCAGGAAAUGGGUGUUUUUGCCAACUGAUUUUUCACUUCACACUGGAGAGCUGACCCCAACUAUGAAACUUAAAAGGAAAUUUGUUGCACAGAAAUACGCAGAGCUUAUUGAAGACAUCUAUAGAAGUCCUAAUUUAUAA